AUGCUACCCAAGACAGGGAACUGCAAAUAUGUGCCCAGGUACAAGAGGUAUGCCGCAGAGAAGAACAAGUUCCAGGCCAAGAAAGUCAUGGAGGCCUUCGAACUGGUCCAGAGGAACAUGAAGAAGAUAGGUGAGGGGGCCUACAAGCUCCUGGGACGAGGGCGCAAAGAGCGCGAGCUGGACAGACAUUUCAACCACCAGACGAAGGAAAUCAAGAAAGACAGACGCGUCAAGCGCACCUUGAAGCAGGCCCGGCGAGGGGAGAGGCGAGGAGAGAAACGCUUGCAUCUGCCUGGGGACAAGGAGCGGAUUCCAACCUUCCGCCGGAGCAAGCGGAGGCGGAGGCACAAGAUGGCCAAGAUCAAGAAGCCAAACGUGGAUGUUCUUCAAGGCCUCGAGCGACUAGCAGCAGUGCUUCCACAGCGGACGAAGUUCCCCAAGGUGGUGAAGCUGCUCUACCGGUGGACAAAGGAGUACAUGAACGUCGACAACCGCGAGUAUAUCUUUCGCGUACUCAACGACGUGACUAAGCUCCCCUUCCUCGCAGAGGACCCGGAAGGCCGGCAGGAUGUUAUUUGCGUCUUCGAGUAUGUCCUCUCCUACAACUCCCUGUGGUUUCAGGAGGACGAGAAGCACCAGAUGCUACAGAAGGCCUGGCAGCUGGCCACGGUUACUUUUUGCCAGUGUUUCACAGACGACGCGUUUACGCUGUCGAGCACCAUUUCCAAGCUCAACGAGGCCUUUACCCUGAUCGAGCGGUCAAAGCCGGACAUCGACACGUACCUGGAAGAGAAGCAGAAGAGGGCAGCGAAGCACGAAGCCAAGGUGGAGGCUUCCAAGCUUGAAGCCAAGAUGGAAGCCAAGCUCGAGGAGAAGAUUGAGGCCAAAGACGAGGAUGACAAAGAG